CUCGUUACCAAGGCAACGGCGGUGUCUACGGUUGGGACUUGCGCCGGAAGCUCAUCAGCCGAGGUGCCAACUUUCUGACUCAAGUGAUGCGGAGGCCCGGCGCCUCGGACCUCACGGGCAGCUUCAGACUGUACAAGAAGGACGUCCUGGAGAGUCUGGUCGAGCGCUGCGUGUCCAAAGGUUACGUCUUUCAAAUGGAGAUGAUUGUCCGAGCCAGACAGCUCAACCACACCAUUGGAGAGGUUCCCAUCUCCUUCGUAGAUCGCGUCUACGGCGAGUCCAAGCUUGGAGGGAACGAGAUUGUGUCGUUCGUGAAAGGACUGCUCACGCUCUUCGCCACCACAUAAAUCCCUCGUGUGGUUUACUGCUCACUCUGUAAUACCGUAUCGCUACCAUGUUGGUACUAAAUAGAUGAUAUGUUCAUCGUCGUAGGUACAUCAUCAUGGUUUGUACUAUGCUGUACGUCUUUAGAGCGCUUGUCGUUAGGGUCGAGCUGAGCUGGAGCCUAUCCCAGCACACAUACUGUAUUUACAAGCCAGCAUUCACACCCAUGGAUAGUUGAUGCUACUCAAUUAACGUUAACACAUUUUUGGGGCAGGUAGAAGAAAAUCCACAGAAGCAAAAGGAGAACAUGCAAAG